CGAUAUUUUCUCCCACAAGUACUUGGGAAAAGGAAGGCUGUGCUGUGGUUGGCUGAUCUAAAGUGACGAAACAUUAUUUUGGUACAGCAUUUUUACCAACAUGGCUGACACCGGUGAAAGACAACGUGGGUCAGGAAACGCACAUAGUGAAAAGAUGGCAGGAAACAAUGAUAUUCAGUUUGAUUCCAGUGAUGAUGAAGCUCCAGAAGAAGUAACAUUUGAUGAUUCAAAAAAAUCUGCUUUGCAGAGUGUAAAAGACGCGCUGGAGGCCAGCAGAAGAGAGAAGGCGACAUUGAAAGAAAAGCGAAGAAAAAAGCAAGAGCUGUUUUUGGAGCAAAAGAAACGAAGACUUCUUCCUGAUGACGUUCUGAAUGAAAUUGAUGCACAGCAUAUAACGAAAGAUGCACUGCCCUGUAGUGAACGAAAUGAAGAGGAAAAGGGAGUAGCAACCUCAAGUGACAUUAAACCGAUUCAAGGAAAAGCACGGAGUUUACAGGCAAACUGUAGUGUAACCAGAGUAAGGGACCAAUUUGCAGCCAGUUCUCAACAGAAAUUGGCUAUGGACUUUGUCCAAUCUCGGUUUUAUGGACAAGGACAUCGACGGACAACAAACAGUGAACUUUUGUCACUGGACUGCAAGAAAGGGGCCAACAGAGGUGCUGCAUUCCAGUUUGUUAAUAAAAAACUGAGUACUGUGGAGAGAGCAAAGGCCAAGAAGGGCAACCAGAGGUGGAUGCACAAGAAGAAGCUCACGAGAACAGUAUGUUAACGGGAGUGAGAGACCAAACUCUGAGGAACAGAAAGGCAGUGUUCACCAAAGACCAUCUCUUUGGUUUUGUGAUGUAAUCACACAUGUCUAGCAAGAGACGGGUCAAAGGUCAGACAUGUCUGCAUUGACCCUCCAGUUGUUAGACAAUUUGAACUUUUGAAUCUGUGCAACAACUGCACAUUUUUUUGUCUUCAAGCACAGUUGGUUGUCUACGGAGCCCCUAAGGGGACAU